CUCGAAAGGUGCAAAAAUCCACUUUCAAUCGUCAAUUUUAUUCGCUUUUUGCAGUAAAAGUGGAUCAAAUCCUGCACAGAGACCACCGCAGGGACACUCCUGGUGAGGUGCUGUGCGUGAUUCCUAUGCAGGACCGCUUGUUGUGCGGCCUCGCGCGUCGUUAACUUGUGUGCAAUUGCAAUGGUGAAAACAAGAAAGGUUAGCUUCUCACAAUUCCGGAAGUGAAGCAACUCUUUCUUGCUCUUGUUUCUCCAUUUCUCCGCAACUUCGCGACAAAGGACAGGUGAAAUGGGCUUCGACUUGACCCGCUUCCAGGGUGAAGUGGACGAGGAGCUCAUCUGUCCGAUAUGUUCUGGUGUUCUCGAGGAGCCUUUGCAGGCCGGAGUCUGCGAGCACGCCUUCUGCAGAGCCUGCAUCACGGAGUGGCUCUCCAGACAACCCACCUGCCCUGUGGAUCGAAAUGCAAUCACAACAGCGAAUUUACGCUCCGUGCCACGCAUCCUUAGAAAUCUCCUGUCCAGGCUGUGCAUCGCCUGCGACAACGCCGUCUACGGAUGCACGCUGGUGCUGAAGCUGGACAGCCUGGCGGUGCACCUGGGCGAGUGCGAGUACAACCCCAAGAGGCCGCUGCCGUGCGAGAAGGGCUGCGGCUUCGUCAUUCCCAAGGAUGAGUACAAGGAUCACAACUGCGUGCGCGAGCUGCGGUCGCUGAUUCACACGCAGCAGCAGAAGCUCGGCGAACUGAAGGUGGAGAUCGGCGAUCAGAAUCUCACGAUAAACGAACUGAAGCGGGAGCUGCAGCUGUUCAAGGACUUCAUGAGGGCGAUGCGAGUGUCGAAUCCCGUCGUGCGCUCCAUCGCCGACCAAAUGGAGCGCGACGAGGUGGUCAGAUGGAGCAACACGCUGGCCAGAGCCAGAGUCACCCGCUGGGGUGGAAUGAUCUCAACGCCCGAUGAAGCACUUCAGCUCAUGAUAAAGCGGGCUCUGUCGGAGUCCGGAUGUCCUCCGCACAUAAUCGAUGAUCUCAUGGAGAAUUGCCACGAACGACGAUGGCCACGGGGCUUGAGCUCCCUCGAGACGCGACAGAACAAUCGUCGAAUCUACGACAAUUACGUCUGUCGAAGAAUUCCAGGAAAGCAAGCGGUUCUUGUUUUAAGUUGUGAUAACGCACACAUGGCCGAAGACGUGAUGGUGGAGCCCGGACUUGUGAUGAUUUUCGCACAUGGCAUUGAGUGAAGGGGGAGAAGGAGUGGACACGCACGCGAGAGGAGUGGUUUUUUUCUGCCAAGUGACAAAAGGAAAAUACGCAGCAAAGGAGGGAAUAAUCUCUCGCAGCGACCGAGAGAGGAGCGAGAUACUAUUUGACCCACAAAAAGCGCCACAAAACAGACAUUUUGUUCUUUUGCCGUGCUCUCGAGAGGCUCUCUUUUGCUGGGCGCGAAAGAAUUUAUAGUAAUUUGUAAAAGAAAUGCUGUCUUCUCAUUAUUUUUGUGUAAAAUCCAUUGAAAUGCAUUCCUUUAUUUUUCUUUCAUAAUUAUAUAAUAUAUAAUAAUAGUAUUUCUUCACAUUUAAUCUAUAGGCUUAUUUUUUAAUUAUGCUAAUUUCAGUUUUUUUUAUUCCAUUUUUCAUUUAUUUUUGUAUGUCAAUAUAAUUUUUCUUUUCUCGCAUUCUUCAUCAUUUGUCUCUGUCAAAUGUAAUCAUAGGUGAAAAAAAACGUACAACAGAAAGGCAAACAAAUACUUUUGAUUUAAUUUUUUUUUACUUUUACUUUAAAAACGUCGCGGGGCGCAUCAAUAGACGAAACAAGUGUAUAAAUUUUUGAUUUUGAUUCUCUCUAAGAAUAAGAAGGUAUUAAUAAGGGAAAAACAAGUCGCCAAAAUUGAGGAAAGAAGUAAUCAAAAAAUGCAACAAGAAUUAUGUUUGUGAUUUAACGUUUAAGUUCUUUCGCUAAUAAAUUUAAUAAUGAAUAAUUCUCUCUCCCUUCCGCAUCUUUUUUUCUUUUCAUUUAAUAUUAAAAUGUAAUAACUAGAGAUAAUAGUGGUAUUAUUUUUCUUUCUUCAUUCUCUUUAAAAGGUAUUAUAGAAGCUAAGAAGAUAAUAACGCAAUUGAAUUAUUAAAAAAAAUUGUAGUUUGAGGCUUUUAGUUAAAAAAAAAACAAAAAAGAAGAACAAAGAGAAACGUCAAAUUAUUAUUUUUCAUUAUUAUAAUAUUUCAUUGUGAGAUAUAAAAAAGGAAAACACAAUAAAAUUGUAAUAAUCCAGAUUACAAAGUGAAAAAUUUAAGUGACAAUUAUUGCACACAUGACACAAUUACUGUUUUUUAAGGAAUUUCUCACUAAUUUCUUGUUUUCUUCUCAAUUUCUCUCUUUCGCUCUUUCUCUCUCUCUCUCUUUCUAUACAUGAUAAUAAUUUUCUCUUUUAGAACGAGAUUCUCGUAUUUUUCCUAACUGUUUUCUCCCUUUUCACGUCCCAUAAGAUUUUUCAUAGGUCUCUAAAUUUUAGUU